AUGUACGUAGAGACAGUGGCACUGAGGAAGAGACAGGAGGCGGAGCUGGAGGUACCAGAGAUGAAGAUGUUGAGGUUCUCUCUGAGCUUGAUGGGGAUGGAGAGGACCAGGAAUGAGUUGCAGGAGCUACAUCAAAGGGCCAGCUUAUGUUUUUAUCAUGUGUGCCUCUGUAGGUUCGACUACCAGGAGCUUCUUCACAACUCCAGUUUCUGCUUGGUGCCGCGGGGCCGUCGUCUGGGAUCCUUUCGCUUCCUGGAGGCCUUACAGGCUGCCUGCAUUCCAGUUAUUCUGAGUAACGGCUGGGAGCUCCCAUUCUCUGAAGUAAUCGACUGGAGGAAAGCCGCCAUUAUUGGAGAUGAGAGAUUGCUGUUACAGGUUCCCUCCAUUACCCGAUCCGUGGGCCGUGACAGGAUCCUGGCUCUCCGCCAGCAGACUCAGUUCCUCUGGGACGCCUACUUCUCCUCUGUAGCCAAAAUAGUCUUAACGACUCUGGAGAUCAUCCGGGAUCGAGUUGAGUCUCACGUGUCCAGAAAUCACCUGCUGUGGAAUUCCCUACCCGGUGGUCUCUUUGCGCUGCCACAGUUCUCAGCUGACCCUGCUCAGUUCCCUUUUUACUAUGCCAUCCUGGGUAAGAGCCCGUCGCAGCAGUUUACAGCCGUGAUCCAUACAGUAACUCCUCUGCAGUCCCAGGUCUCCCCUGUGGUGAAGCUCAUCAUCGCUGUGGCCAAGUCCAAGUUCUGUGCACAGGUUGUGGUUUUAUGGAACUGUGACAGGCCUUUACCUCCUCGAAAUAAGUGGCCCUCCACCAGCGUGCCUCUCACUGUCAUUGAAGGACAGACCAAGACGAUGAGCAGUCGCUUUUCCCCCCACGACAUCAUCACCACCGACGCCGUGCUCAGUCUGGAUGAGGACUCUGUUCUCUCAACCAAUGAGGUGGACUUUGCUUUUAUUGUAUGGCAGAGUUUUCCCGAGCGGAUUGUCGGUUAUCCAGCAAGGAGCCACUACUGGGACAGCUCCAGAUCACGCUGGGGCUACACCUCCAAGUGGACUAAUGACUACUCCAUGGUACUUACAGGAGCAGCUUUUUACCACAGAUACUACCACUACCUGUUCACUCACUACAUCCCAGCCAGCCUGCUGACCAUGGUGGACCACAUGGCUAACUGUGAGGACAUCCUGAUGAACUUCCUGGUUUCAGCCGUCACAAAGCAGCCUCCGAUCAAAGUCACACAGAAGAAGCAGUACAAGGAGACCAUGAUGGGCCAGGGCUCCAAGGCAUCGCGUUGGGCUGACCCAGACCAUUUCGCACAGCGACAGACUUGCAUGAAUGCCUUUAGCCAGUGGCUAGGUUUCAUGCCUUUGGUGCACUCCCAGAUGAGGUUGGACCCCGUCCUGUUCAGGGACCAAGUUUCUAUACUGAGGAAGAAGUACAGAGACAUUGAGAGACUCUGAAGGCAAUGCUCCAACAGCAAUUCACCGAGGCUUAUCGGAAACGUGGGAGAGUCUGGACUUUGUGUUUCAGGAGGGGAAAAACACAGAAGCUGAAUGGGAUUGUACGAGAAGGAGGACUUGCAUACAAAAUAUGAAACAGCAAUUUACACAAGAAGUGGUUGUUUUUAUGGAAGAAUGUAAAAAAUAAGAAUCAAUGGCGGGGUACGGAGCACGUGUGCAAGCCUGAGAAAUAUAACCUGGUCACCCACAACAUUAAAACCCAUCUGUUUUAUGUGGAGUGGGUUUCUGUUCUGCAUAAACAGCUGGAGGGACAAUCUGAGGGUGUCCUCAGAUUUGAUUUGUGGUUGCUCCACCAGGAUAAUCUGAUUCAACACCUUUCACUCUUUGCUUUCCCAGUCAAUUUUAUGCAGUGAGAUGAUCCAUUACUCGUAUCGCCUGUCAGCAGUUUUGAUGUUAUGACUGAUCAAUCUGUGUGAGUGCAUGAAGGGAAACAUGCCACCAAAACCUAGACUCAUUCUAGACAUUGAUGACCACAGACAAAACGUGUGUGUUUCAUGGUUUGAAGAAAGCAAGUAUACUGUGCAGCACAUGAACCAUGUUUAGAAAAAAAGAAGCAUUACCGGAGUUACCUCGCGUUGAGGUUUGAUGUGUACAGAAAUCACUCAAAGUGGACAAAAAGAAUGAAGAAGGCAGUAUGCCACUUGUAUACUAUUGUAGAUUAUUGGCAGCAGAUGCUCGCUGUAUGAAACCAAUAAAAUUAAAUAAAGAGAUCUUAUAUAGAAGAACA